CCGGUGAGUGGGGCCUUUUUUUGUUUUCCCGUAUCCGCCAUUUCAGUUUUUGAAGUUAGUUGUCAUCGGCGGCUGGUUUGUAGCCACAUUCGUGCCUCUGAAACAAACUGUAUGAUUGGUAGAUCAGCAGGCGGACCAGGACCACACUGGAGGUGUUUUUACAGCGCGGUUUCCCUCCUGUGUCUGCGGAUUGGCGCCCACACGGCCAGCUGCGGAUGUCGCCUGUUUACUGAACGUGCUCUCGGCGCUAAAGUUUUUUGUAUGAGUUGAAGGCUCCGCUUGUGGAUAACGGGAGGGAGAGCAGGGAAGGCCCCGGGUAAAACCUCGGCUUUGUGGUGGUUAUCAUGGCCGGUAAUUUUGACGCGAAGGACCGCGGGAGCUGGUACUGGGGCCGCUUGAGCAGGCAGGAGGCUGUGUCUCUGCUGCAGGGGCAGCGGCACGGCGUGUUUCUGGUCCGGGACUCCAUCACCAGCCCCGGCGACUACGUGCUGUCGGUGUCGGAGAACUCCAAAGUCUCGCAUUACAUAAUUAACAGCAACAGCCGACAGUCCGGCCUAGGUUUGGGUCUCCCCCGGUUCCGUAUUGGUGACCAGGAGUUUGACGCUCUUCCUGCUUUGCUGGAGUUCUACAAAAUACACUAUUUGGAUACCACCACCUUGAUAGAGCCCAUCAACAAGUCCAAACAUCCCUCCUUCAUCCCAGGCGGGGGCCCCCCUCAGCGCCUGGAAGAUGAGUAUGUCCGGGCCCUAUUCGACUUCCCUGGCAACGACGAGGAGGAUCUCCCAUUUCGGAUGGGGGAUAUCCUCCGAGUCCUUGAGAAGCCGGAGGAGCAGUGGUGGAACGCCCAGAACUCUGAAGGAAGAACGGGGAUGAUCCCAGUCCCGUACGUGGAGAAGUACCGGCCGGCGUCUCCCAGUGCAGUGGCGGGGGCCAGCGUGCUUGCGGUGCCGCCUGUAGGGAUGGCAGUUCAUGGGAACUCUGACAGCUCUGCGACUCAGUCCGGCGCUCCACUGUUGGGAGACCCCAGCCAGUACGCCCAGCCCACUCCUCUCCCAAAUCUCCAGAAUGGACCUGUCUAUGCCAGGGCCAUACAGAAGAGGGUGCCCAAUGCCUACGACAAGACCGCCCUGGCCUUAGAGGUGGGCGACAUGGUGAAGGUGACCAAAAUAAACGUGAGCGGCCAGUGGGAGGGCGAAUGUAAAGGCAAGCAUGGCCACUUUCCUUUCACGCACGUCAAACUGCUGGACCAGCACAACGCCGAGGAUGAACUGAGCUGAGGGCGGACAGCCGCUCCACCACCUGGACACUGGUAUUAGACCCUUCCUCACCUGUCUUUUCUCACUCCCCCUGCCCCUGUCCUGCUCACACCCACUCCUCCCCUCUGCAUCCUUGAGCUUUUAGCUGCACCAAGUACAGUUUCAGAGAAUCGCCAAGAACAAAGCAGGCCCUCGUUGGACCCCCCUGUGAUCCAUUUCUACUCACAUAAAUAAUCACCUCCUCUUCCUGCUCCUCCUUGCUGCUCUCCCAGACUGCAACACGGACGAUACUGCCUCUCCUGUUUCAUGGACUUGGAAACCGCUCCCGGUAAUUUGUCCCUGCCAUGGACAGCUUGUCAACGCUCGCUCCUAAGGAGACACCUCAAUGCAGCGUUCAACCACUUCCUCUUCCUGUGUUGAAGCCGGUAGAUGGCUGCUGUCCUUUUCUUUUUUUUAUCCUCCACUGUGGUCACUCGGGCUGCAUUCAUGUCAGAUGGGUAUUCAGAACGCUCGCUUUAGGAACAGCGUUUGGUUGGUCUGAGAUCUUUAUUGAAGUCUUCAAAGAUUUUAUUGAUUUAAACUGAAGUGUUUGAAUGCUCGUGUGAUGUCAUGCUAUGAAUUGGCAGAAAUGAUUGUGGUACUCCGGUUGCAUCUUCAGCCCAUGUGAGGAUGCAAUAUCAGGAGACAGAUUUUAGGUGAACUCUUUAAAGGUUCUGUUGGAUGUAUUUGUUUAACCAGAACCACAUCAGUUCUCUGUUUCUCAUCCAGAUUCGAAGCUGCGUGGUUUGCCUCGGACACAAGCGUAGCUUUCCAAAAUUUCCUGAAUCAUUCCUUUAAUUUAGAUGUACUGACACUGCAGGCAACAUCUUUCCAUCUUCACUCGUUGGAUCUCAUAUUUCCUCAUUAAGUGCUUUAAAGUAAAGAUGCGCCGAUCUGAAUUUUUCCAGGUUUUAAAAAACUUCACCUGCUUGUGAAGCUGAUUCCAGCUUCUCUUUAAAAGCCAUUGGAAUAAAAAAAAGAACAGGAUUUCUUUCUGUCCUGGCUGCCAUUUGCAGUCCUUAUGUACUUGUAUUAGGAGCAGAGGUGAUGUCACACUGUGUGUGCGAGAGAUCAUUCACUGGAGAACAGUUGUGCUAUUUGUUUCAAAGAGAAAAUUUAGAGUUGACAUUUUAAACUGUUUUGUUUCUGUUUUUCAUCACUAGAACAUCAGUCUCAGUUUCCAAAAGCACCAUCAUGUCUGAAUUCACCACAUUGGUAGAGAGACAGGUGGAAAGUUCAAAAGGAUCAAAUUUGCAACACUCUGUUUGGCCUUCUUCUUUUCUGCCAGAUAUCUUGCUUUCUCCUGCCUUGUCGCAGCCUGAAUAAACCGCUGACCUGUCAAAGAAAGUGGUUUUCCCCUAAAAUAGACUUUUGUAUCUCUGUGCUUUCCCUGACUUCACCUUAAAACACCACAAAUGGCAAUCAUUGAAUCUUCUUCACUCUAUAACGACUUCCAAUAAGACUGGUUUGAAAAAGAUGUGGUAUCUGAGUACGUGACCCGUCAUUGGUCAGUUCUGGUUACCAGCUGAUUUCUCUGUUCUUCUCUACUUUAAACGUGCGUUAAUCCUGACAGAGACUAACGGGUUAAAAGGAAGUUACAAACGACAAUCAGAGUUACGAGUUUCAUACCUAACCUGAGGCCUGUGAUGUUCUGUUGUUGAAAAGCUUCCAUCUUACUGGACAUGAAUGCAACAAUAUUCUGCGUGAACCCAUGACUUUGAAAGACUGAAGCAGCUGGGCUCAAAUACAGCGGCAGCUUUUCAGGGGCGAGACCAUUACCAAAAAGACAUGAAGGCCUCCUGUACAUUAAAUGGAGUACCGAACACUGAGUCCAAACCAGCAGCUAAGAGCAACUGGUUGUAGUCGCAGCCAUCAAGCGGAACCCCAACAUCGCCACAAACCGCAAGACUUUUGAAGAGGUGGCGAUCAAGGCAACACUACAUUCUCUCACCUGAACCUCGCUCUGGCGAUCACCUCCAACCAUGUACCACCAAGUAGUCCUUUGUAGGAUACAUAGAACAUAUUGUUAUGGAAUGAUGUUACUGUGGUUCUCAUUUCAUGUUGAAUAUUAUUUGUCGUACUAAUUGUCUUCAUAGCUGCUUUUGUCUGGGGGGCGCAUAAUUAUUAUUUGAGGUUCUGACAUUGGGAGGGAACUAUGGCUCUGUGGUAGAAGUACUGACUGGCCCUCACAUGUUCCCACUCUGCUUCCAAUGGAAAGGGCUGAAGUAAAACAGGCUGAAUGUAGGCUGCCCACAACACUAGUUAGUUGAGUCUUUUCCUGUCGGCGUUCUGCAUUCAGCCCACUGGAUUUCCCUUACUAAAGCAGACAGUUGUGUGUCCAUGUCUCGUCAUAUGUGUCAAAGGAAGGAAAGUGGUCUCAUUUGGAGCCUCUCCUAUUUGUUUAGAAGCCUUUUUUGAACGUGUUGCCGCCUUGACCAAGUUAGUUGUUUUUAUUAGUUUCCUUUUGUGCCUCAUUUAAUCCUCUACCAGUCUAUUAUUUAAGGUCCUGUUUAGUUGCAAUGCACAAACGAACUACAUUCUUUUGUUUUACCUCUUCUUCACCAUUUCUUUAUUGCCAACAUCUGAGGUUUGUAAUUAAUGAUGUUUUCGCCCCUUUAGGAAGGUGUUUUGUUGUGACAAUCAUCAGCGCUACUAUUUCUCAUGAUGUUGACUCAUGAACGAAAGCUGACAACCUUUAAACGCGAUCUGUGGGAGCUCGUUCUCUCCUCUAUGGUGUGGCACUACAGUAGCACUGCAGCAACAUUGGGUCUUAUUCUGCAUGUGCUGAGGACGUAGGUGUGGAUAGAUUUCUUGGCUCCUCUGGUAAAUAGUGGAAAAACGCCUUAGAAAGGAUUCCUCUUCUAUUGUAGUAGAAAAUGUAAACCUCAUUUAUUCAGUAGGGGGAGAAAUUCAGUGGUAACAAGUCUUAGGAGGUAUUUUCAGUUAGUGGUAUGAAGAAGGUUGGUUUUGUUAUUGGUGAACCCCUUCUGUGUUAAUUUGACUAUAGGUUUCUAAUUAUUAUACUGUGCAAAGGUCCUGUAUUCAGUUUCUGUCGGUCCACCAUAUUUUUAGAUAAACGGUCCUGGUGUUUCACCGUGUACUCAAAUAAGGAUCCCUUUGGAAGACAACCAGGCAUGGUUGCGGGCAUGGUCUUUUUUCCCACACAUUCAUCCUUUGUUUCAUGCCAAACUCACCUGGAGUGUUUGUUGCCGGAAAACUUGACCUGUCAAACCAUGUACGUCUAUAAAUUUAAAAGAUUCUUUGGUUUCUUUUAACAAGAUUGUUGGAGUGACAUUUGUGCCACUGCUGAUUUUAUUAAUAACUGUUUCCUAACAGGAGAAUAAAUGUACUCAAAUUAAAGGCUGUUAUUUUUUUCUAACUUUCAGUGGGUGAUGAGCCGCUGCAAUAAAGGAUGAAUUUAUUCGAAGGCUUUUUAUUUAUCUUUGUCGGGAGGGGGGGGGGGGGGGGGCUAAUAAAUGUUCCCACCUCUGUAAAUGCACUGUUUGCAUCAAUAUGCUGCCUGUCUUAAGGUGGCCUCAGACAUCUCUCUGACCUUGUACUUGUACCUGACAUGCUCUGUCCCACCUUCAUUUAUUUUGAUGUUUUUUUCUGCUCUAGUGAUAUUGUAGUGACUCGGUAGAGAACUCUGAGGAAAGAAACCUUCAUUUACUGCCACCUUUUAACACAGUCCAUUUUUCCUGUGUGGUUCUGAUCAAAUGCAGCUCGUUUCUCUCCCACUGCAUUCAGCAGGUGCUCUGCCACAUAGCUCAUCUUUGAAAUUGUGUUGCCAAUGAAACCACCAAGAAGUAUUUUUUUAGUAGCCCUGCGUGAAGUCGUUCAUUUCCUUUCAGAGGAAGGAAUGAGACAGCAGAGUGCCAGUGCAAACUGUGUAAUAUCGAAAUGUGCCAUUUUAUUAUAACACUAUAUUCUUUCAAGACAAUUGAAAUUACCUUUUUAUUUUCAGUAGCAUGUAAUGUGUUAAUAUACUAGUAAAUAAAGUCCAACCUAUGAAAAAUGA